ACGACAACGGCACAAGGCCCGUCCAAGACGUGGAGGAAAGUGACGCCAAAAGAAUCCAUCUCACGGAGGACGUCGUCAAGUCGGAGACUCCUAUAGCUGGCUCUGAUGCCGAAAUUGUUACCAGUAACGGCAAUGGAGAAGUGGCCGCCAACGGCAACGGGAUGUUGGUGGUGCCCAAGUCGGGUCCACAGCUCUUUUAUACUCCUUUGAAAACUGGGCUUGUGUACGACGUGAGGAUGAGAUACCAUGCUAAGAUUUUCACGUCCUACUUCGAGUAUAUUGAUCCCCAUCCAGAAGACCCCAGACGUAUCUACAGAAUCUACAAAAAGCUUGCUGAGGCCGGUUUGAUCACCGAUCCAUCGUUAUCGGGAACCGAUGACUUGGGGCCUCUUAUGAUGAAGAUUCCAAUUAGAGAAGCGUCUGAUGAGGAGAUCUUGUUGGUACACUCCGAAGAACACUUGAAGUAUAUUGCCUCGACUGAGACGAUGUCACGCGAUAAGCUACUUGAAGAAACAGAGACGGGGGAUUCGAUAUAUGUCAAUAACGACUCGUACUUGUCGGCAAAGUUGUCGUGUGGUGGAAGUAUUGAGGCUUGUAAGGCAGUUAUUAGCGGACAGGUGAAAAAUUCUAUGGCAAUUGUUCGUCCUCCAGGACACCAUGCAGAACCUGACACCCCUGGAGGUUUUUGUCUCUUCAGUAACGUGGCGGUGGCCGCUAAGACCAUGUUAAAGUUGUUCCCAGACUCGGUACGAAAAAUUGUCAUUGUCGAUUGGGAUAUCCACCAUGGUAAUGGGACCCAAAAGGCCUUCUACAAUGACCCGAGAGUUUUGUAUAUAUCACUUCAUCGGUAUGAAAACGGCCGGUUUUAUCCUGGCACCAAAGCUGGUAGCCACAAAAUGUGUGGAGAAGAGGAAGGUGAAGGCUUUAAUAUGAACAUUCCUUGGAGAGCUCCUGGGACUGGGGAUGGUGAUUAUGUCUAUGCUUUUAAUAAGUUGGUGAUCCCAGUGAUUUCAGAAUUUGAUCCUGAUUUUAUCAUUGUUAGUUCAGGUUUCGAUGCGGCCGAUGGGGACAUUGUGGGUGGGUGUCAUGUUACCCCGGCUGGGUAUGGAUAUAUGACACACAUGUUGAAAGGUAUUGCCAGAGGUAAGCUAUCGGUGAUUUUGGAGGGAGGUUACAAUCUUGAUUCCAUCAGUAAAAGUGCUUUGGCAGUGGCUAAAGUAUUACUUGGAGAACCUCCCGAAUCCACCAUCACACAACAUCCUUUCUUGGAUACUAUUGAGGUUGUUGAUGAGGUCAUUAAGACUCAAUCCAAAUAUUGGACGUGCUUGAAACCAGGAAACCCAAGCAGAUCUUUCGAUGAGGUCUUUGAGCUACCAGAAGAUGUCAAUGGCUAUAAGUUGACCAACAUUAAUGAUCCUAUACGAUCUCAACAGGCCAACCACUUAUUCAAUUUGUACUCAUUCAUCAACUUGCCAAUUGUGUCGAAUGAGAACGACAAGUUUAACCCAUUCACUGUUGACCUUCCACCUCGGUUGGAGGAUUUGAUUGUUGCAAGUCCUCAUAUAUAUGAUGCCCCUGUUGUGGUUGUGACUGUCCAUGAUCCUCCAGAUAUUUGGGCCAAUGUGAACUCAGUAAAUGGGAAUAUUGAGGGUAACUCUUCAGUUGUUUUAGAGCACCCUUUGAUACAAAUCAUUGAAAAGAUCAAGAAAGAGCAAGAUGAUGAUGCCAGUGAAGACAACAAGAAGAUUGGAUACAUAGACAUUAACAUUCCAUCGUUCACUUUGCCAGUGUCCAGUAAUGGGUCUUUACACUUGAACAAACAUUCCAAUGCCUCAUAUGGUUCUUACAAUCCAAACAUCUUUGCUCAAGAACUUUUGUUGUACGUUUGGGACAACUAUUUAUCUUAUUUCAACAAGUUAACCAAACUUAUUUUCGUUGGGUUCGGUGAUGCGUACCAGUCCAUUGUACACCUUUAUGCCAAAAGACCCUCACAAGAAAUUAAGGAAAUCGUCAAAGGAACUGUUUGUUUUGUCAAUAGGUCUACUUUGAAACCUUUAGUACCAGUGAUGGAUGAGUCAAUGAUUGAUUGGUUCUACUCGAAUUCUGUUAUUUUCACCAGUUGUUUAAAUCCUUGCUGGACAGGAAAUGCUUCGAACGCAAACGGUGAAAUAAAGAGACCAAGAAGAAAGUUCGGUAGAGUCAUAAGAGCUGAUGUCGAUGGUAUCUGGGAAGUCAUCAGUGAACGGUUUGAUGAAGGAGUGGAUUUCAUUUUGGACUCCAUUGAAGAUUUCGAAGAUAGCAGCGCCUCAAAUUAAUUUUGUCUAUCAAAUGUAACAUUAAACUAUUCGUAACUUCACUCGUAGAGUUAUAGCAUAAUUAUACAUAGCUGGGGAAUCGUUUGGCAAAUUGUUUUUCCAAGUCGUCCAAGUCGGGUAUGGAGAUCUCGCUCGAGCUACUGAGUCUCCGACUCGAGCUAUCACCUUCAGCGGUACGUAAGUAAACUGGUUUGGUAGGUUUUGGAGGUGGUUUCUUAAGCAGAUUUCUCAUUUUGGAGGGAGUUAUGGAAGGUAGAGCCUUUUCAGAUGUGUUCGUAGACGAAUGCUUAUAUUUGGGUUUCGCAAGAACAGCAGCGGGCAGCAGCGAAGGAUGAGGCGGUGUGGCAGACUUGGCUCUUUGGGAAGAUAAACUGGUGGGGACUUGAGGAGGGUUUAAAGAUAUCCUUGACUUGUAGGAGCCGUCGUUUAUGGCCUCUAAAUCGUCGGUGUCACUUUCUUCGGCAGUAUAUCUUCCAUAACCGUGUGCAGUUCUUUUAACUGUCUGAUCAUUAUUAUUGUUCAAGUACUGAACCAUUCUUCUCUGAAUGGAUAACUUCUUGGGAGCAGAAGAUGUGAACGAAGAAGAAGUGAUUGUUUGUUCUGUAUCUCUCUUAAACUCACUCUCUUCGUGGUUGCUGGCCUUCCUAGAUCCCCCACCUGUGAGAAUUUGUUUUAUGGACGAGAUACUGGAUCUUCUAUGAUUCAGAAUAUAAUUGUUCCCAGUAUUGUUCGAACUUCUAACACCAGAACUACUGUUUCCAGUACUGAUUUUUCUUAACCCAUUCUUGAACGACGCCUUGAAACUCCCUCCAGUAUUCUGACUGGAAAUGUCUUCCAUAUCUCUCAAGAAGUUGAGAGUGUUGUCAUCUUCGUCGGGAGGAGUGAUGAUGCUCUCAUUGCUCUUGCUGAGUUGCCGUUGGAUGU